AUGGCCGACACAAUGAUCAGGCCCGAGGUGCCCACCAAUGCUGGGACGAUCGAGCUGAAGGAUAACACCGUCAUCGUUGUCCUGGGUGCCUCUGGAGAUCUUGCAAAGAAGAAGACUUUCCCAGCUUUAUUCGGCCUUUAUCGCAACCAAUUCCUACCUAAAGACAUAAAAAUCAUUGGAUAUGCACGGACAAAGAUGGACCAUGAGGAGUACCUCAAACGGGUCAAGUCUUACAUCAAGACGCCGACGAAGGAUAUGGAACAGCAGCUCCAGGACUUUUGUAAGAUCUGCACAUAUGUGUCGGGGCAAUAUGACCAGGAUGAUUCAUUUAUUGAGUUGCGGAAACACCUCGAGGUGGCUGAAAAGGGCCGGAAGGAGGCAAAUCGUGUCUUCUACAUGGCAUUGCCGCCCAGCGUCUUCACUACGGUCUCACAGCAGUUAAAGAAGAAUUGCUACCCAAAGAAUGGCAUUGCAAGAAUCAUUGUAGAGAAACCUUUUGGCAAGGACCUUGCCAGUUCGCGGGAGUUGCAGAAGGCUCUGGAGCCCAACUGGCACGAGGAUGAAAUUUUCCGUAUUGAUCAUUAUCUGGGCAAGGAGAUGGUCAAGAACAUUCUUAUCCUCCGGUUUGGUAACGAAUUCUUCGGCGCGACUUGGAAUCGCAACCAUAUCGACAACGUGCAGAUUACUUUCAAGGAGCCUUUCGGAACCGAGGGCCGGGGUGGUUAUUUCGACGAGUUCGGCAUCAUCAGAGAUGUUAUGCAAAACCAUCUGCUGCAGGUGCUGACGCUCCUUGCUAUGGAGCGACCGAUCUCCUUCUCCGCGGAGGAUAUUAGAGACGAGAAGGUCCGAGUUCUUCGAGGCAUCCCAGCUAUCGAGCCAAAGAAUGUCAUCAUUGGUCAGUACGGGAAGUCACUGGAUGGUGCCAAGCCAGCGUAUAAGGAAGAUGAUACCGUGCCUAAAGAUUCGAGAUGUCCCACAUUCUGCGCCAUGGUCGCAUUCAUCAAGAACGAGAGAUGGGAUGGCGUGCCGUUCAUCCUGAAGGCUGGUAAGGCUCUCAACGAGCAGAAGACCGAAAUUCGAAUCCAGUUCAAGGACGUCACCUCGGGUAUUUUCAAGGACAUUCCACGGAAUGAGCUUGUCAUGCGAAUUCAGCCCAACGAGAGUGUGUACAUCAAAAUGAACUCUAAGCUACCUGGCUUGAGUAUGCAGACUGUGGUCACCGAGCUCGAUUUGACCUACCGAAGACGUUUCUCGGAUCUCAAGAUCCCAGAAGCCUACGAAUCUCUUAUCUUGGAUGCCCUAAAGGGUGAUCACUCGAACUUUGUUCGUGAUGAUGAAUUGGAUGCCAGCUGGAGAAUUUUCACACCGCUCCUCCACUACCUUGAUGACAACAAGGAAAUCAUUCCUAUGGAAUACCCAUAUGGUUCCCGUGGCCCCGCCGUCCUAGACGACUUCACUUCUUCCUAUGGUUAUAAAUUCAGUGAUGCAGCAGGAUAUCAAUGGCCAACAAGUCAAACGGCACCCAACAAGCUGUGA